AUGAGGGAGGUGUGCGCGGCUUCUUUGGAAAGAGAGAAUUCUGGGAAGAUUGGAGGAGAAGGAAGGAUAGUGGAGGUGGAUGAAUCCUUGUUUACAGAAGGAAGAACCAUGCAGGGAGAGUUCUACCACGGAUAUGGAUUCUUGGAGGAUAAUGUGGCUGAGGGAAGCACAAUUUACACAGAUAGCUGGAAGUCUUACAGAACAAGUGAACUCGAAGCUCAGGGAUUCACUCACUUCAAAGUGAAUCACAAAUACCACUUUGUGGAUCCUGAGUCUGGAGCUCACACCCAGACUAUUGAAAGGAUGUGGGGGAGCGCCAAAUGGAGGAACAAGAAGCAGAGAGGUACUUCUAGAAAUAUGCUAGACAGUUACCUCGCUGAAUUCAUGUGGAGGCAGAGAAAUAAGGAAGAGAAUCCAUUCCUCCAAAUCUUACGUGAUAUAGCGACCUUCUGGCCGCCGGAAGAAAACACGUAA